GGGCCAUAUUGGAAUGAGGUCGUGAACGACUAAACGAAGGCGGAAAAAAAGAGACACGGCGUCUAUUAAAGGAAAAAAAACUCCUAAGGAGACGCUGUGAGAUCCGGUUACAAAAUGAACCAAGAUGCACUGGAGUCCGACGCGGACCCUGGUCAGGACAUGACUGAGUUUAACUGGGACGAUCAUUUGGAGGAGACGGGCGCGCUGUCCGUACCUCACCAUGCCUUUAAACAUAUGGAUCAAGGCCUGCAGACCGGACUUACUCCGGGUAUGAAGCUGGAGGUUCCAGUGCGCGGAGAACCCGACGGCGCAUAUUGGGUGGCCACCAUCAUCACCACGUGCGGCCAGCUGCUCCUGUUACGCUAUGAAGGCUACCACGAUGACCGGCGCGCUGAUUUCUGGUGUGACGUCAUGGCCGCCGACCUGCACCCUAUUGGCUGGAGCAGGCAGCAGGGGAGACCCAUGAGACCUCCUGAGGGCGUUCGAGAGAAGCAUCAGGACUGGGAGUCGCUGCUGGAGAAAUCUCUGUCCGAAUCCGGCAGUGCACCGGCCAACCUGCUGGAAGGGGCCCAGCGUGGCUGUAACCCUGUAGACCUGCUGAGUCCAGGUCUCAGCGUGGAGCUGGUGGAUAAGGAGGAUGCCGAAGCGGUCUGGGGCGCAGUGAUCGAGGAUAACGUGGGGGGUCGCCUCCGUCUCCGCUACUCUGGCACAGACGGACUCUCAGACACACACUCCGUCAUCUGGAUUUUCUACCUGAACCCAUUGCUUCACCUUCCUGGCUGGGCCAAAGAGCACGGCUGCACCCUCAGACCUCCAUCAGUUUUGCUUCCGUUGCGCACUAAGGAGGAAUGGGACGAAGUGAGACAGGCCAUCACUGAUCAGCCACAGGAUUCGAGUAUUAGUGAGGAGUUCUAUAAGGAUCGUCCAGCCAUUAGUCCACACUGCUUUUCUGAAGGAAUGAAGCUGGAGGCUGUUGAUUCUGUUGCACCUUUCACCAUCAGCCCUGCUUCUGUUGUCAAGGUGUUCAAUGAUCAGUUCUUCCUGGUGCGGAUGGAUGAUAUGAGAGAGGAAGCCGAGAGAAAAGGAGGAAGCAGGUUGUUUGUGUGUCACAGGGACAGUCCUGGAAUUUUUCCUGCUCAGUGGAGCUUCAAGAAUGGAGUGAAGCUCAGUCCACCGCUAGGGUACCAAGGGCAGGACUUUGACUGGGCUGACUAUCUGAAACAGUGCGAGGCGGAGCCAGCCCCGCAACACUGCUUCCCCUCUGACCCCUCUGAUCAGUGCUUUAAGGAGUCCAUGAUGCUGGAGGCUGUUCAUCCUGUUUGUCCUCAAAACAUUCAUGUGGCUACGGUCACCAAGGUCAAAGGUCAACAUAUCUGGAUCAGACUAGAAGGAGUGAAGCAACCGGUUCCGGAGAUCAUAACUCACAUGGACUCCAUGGACAUCUUCCCUGUUAGCUGGUGUGAAACCAACGGCUACCCUCUUCAGUACCCCCGCAAACCCAAAGUCGAAAUGCAGAAGAAAAUCGCCGUCGUCCAACCGGAGAGACACAGAGUGCCAGCUAAAGACUCCUCCCCUGAUGCCCUCAAACAGCCUCUGAACAGCCAGACAGAGAUGACAGGUCAGACCAAUGGAAAGUACAGCUGUCCCAAGAUCUACUUCAACCACAGGUGUUUCUCCGGGCCGUACCUCAAUAAGGGCCGCAUCGCCGAGCUGCCGCAGUGUGUCGGUCCGGGCAACUGUGUCCUGGUGCUCAAGGAGGUGCUGUCCCUGUUGAUAAACUCAGCCUACAAGCCCAGUCGUGUGCUCCGAGAACUCCAGUUGGACCAGGAGGGACGCUGGCAGGGACACGGAGAGAUUCUUAAAGCCAAGUACAAAGGCAAGAGCUACAGGGCGACAGUGGAGAUCGCUCGUACCGCGGACCGUGUGGCUGAGUUUUGCAGAAGAACCUGCAUAAAGCUGGAGUGCUGUCCUAAUCUAUUCGGGCCUCGCAUGGUGCUGGAGCGCUGCUCAGAGAACUGCUCUGUGCUCACCAAAACCAAAUACACAUAUUACUAUGGAAAGAAGAAGAGUCGACGUGUAGGUCGUCCACCGGGAGGCCACACCAACAUGGACGCCGGUGUGAAGAGACGAGGGAGGAGGAAGAAGAGGAGGAAGCAGCUGUUCGUGCACAAGAAGAGACGCUCAUCCGCCUCCGUGGACAACACGCCCGCAGGGUCUCCUCAGGGAAGCGCUGACGAGGAAGACUUGGAUGAAGACGACUCGCUGAGCGACGACAGCGGCUCCGAGCAGGACGAAUUGAUGGAAGAUUCGGAAUACUCAGAAAAGAAAUCGCAGCCCCCGACACCCUCCCCCUCUCCUCCUGAAACGCCACGGCCCACCCGGCGACGCCGCAAAGCCCGCUCUCCUUCAUACUCAGACGAUGAAAACCGACCUCCAUCACCCAAAAGUCCCUUCCCUGAGACUCCUCAGAAGCUGUGCUUGGACAGCAGUCCUCUGGAGUGGAGCGUUACAGAUGUGGUGCGCUUCAUCAGGACCACCGACUGUGCUCCACUCGCACGCAUCUUCAUGGAUCAGGAGAUUGACGGCCAGGCACUGCUGCUGCUAAACCUGCCCACUGUGCAGGAGUGCAUGGACCUGAAACUCGGUCCGGCCAUUAAGCUGUGCCACCACAUCGAGAGGGUCAAACUGGCAUUUUACCAGCAGUUUGCCAGCUGAGAGUAGCAGGAAGAGACUGCAGGGGGAGCAUAUCUUUUCUUUCCGUGUGGGUGUGUGCGUGUGUGUGUGUGUGUGUGUGUGUGUAUGUGUGUGUGCUUUAGUAGGGCCCAAGCACUAUGUCGUCAUAGCCAUUGUCAUAAUCACACUGAAAGUGCUAAAGUGUGUGUAGGGCCCUCUUGUUUUCCUAAGGAUUAAUAUUUUGGGAGGCGAUCUGCUUUCAACGGAUUUUGAUAUACUCCUUCUAAACAAUCCCAGUACAUUAAGCAUGCAAAAUUGCAAAGGGAUUUUUAAUAUCUCAAAGGUGUUCAGCCAUCACAAUGCUCAUGCCGAAAAGUGGCUAAUAACCUUUUAAGUGACAUCAUAGUGUGAUGCUUUUUUUCCGGCAUCCAGGGCUUUUAUAAGUCUUAACAUAACAUAUUCUCCCUAUUCUAAAAUUAUGUCAGAAUGCUAUUGGCAUGUCCCCUUUAAAUGCAUGUGUCCACUUUACCCACUGUCUUUCUGGUGCACCUGAGUGGCAAUGGCACAGGUGCUUGGGCCCGAUCAUCGUUGCUUGCAACUAUAUUUUUAAAUUUUGUUCUAGAUAGAAAUAAGCUACUGAAGAAAUCGGUGUGUGAGAACUCGGUGGUGUUUGUCACGAAGCUCUGCUCAGACUGAGCCUGCAUUCUAGGUGAUUUUACCCUAUUUAUUAGAAUCAAUAAUGGCGGAUAAGGUAGAGUUUACCUUAAGGCUCAAGCAAGCUGGUCGUUUCUGAAACCUUUAAUAAUCGUAGAGCGGAUGACAAUGCAAGAAUCUUAAGCACAAAGACCAAUUGCCCGUGUAUAGUAAGUGGUAUGCAAAUGUGUACAUAGUAGUUUGUCUGUAUAUAAGUGUAAAUAUCAGAUAUUCCCUUUAGUGGGAUUUAACGUCCCAAUUUUUUUUCUUUUUUUUUUAACAAAGCUUAAGAAUUACACUGUCAGUAACAUAAACAUUUAUUUUCAGGCCUGGUAUUUGGUUUUACAGUGGGAUUUUUUUAUGAAUAAUAAAACUCCUGAUUUUUUCCCUCAAAUUUGACGCUUAUGUUCAAGUAGAGACGUGUUGCUGCAUAAAAAAAAAUACAUUUAAUGUACUAUAGCAAUGUUAAUGUGAUUAAUGUCGUGGUUAGUAUUCAAGCACACGAAGGAUUCAGGUUACUGUAUAAAAAUUGGGGAUGAUCUUUCCCGAUUCUAAAAUAAUCAAGUAUGCAAGUCUAGAAUUGGUUAAAAUGUAUUAAGUUUUGGCUUCAGGUGUUGCGUUUGUGUUACGGUGCUCUCGAGGAGUUCCACUAACUUCAUUUAAAUUUUUUGCCUGUUUUUCUCGUUCUGUCUCCGAGCGUUCGUGCUAAAAAUGGUGAAUUUUGCAAGCAUAUUAUAUGUGUGUCUUUAUGUUUGAUUUUGUUCCCUUUUUCCCCAGUUUGAUCAAGAACAUUUGAAUUAAUGUUAAUUUUUACAUUUAAAUUGUAUAUGUUUGUGCAAUGUUAUUUAAAAGAAAAUAAACUAAACUGGAGCUAA